CAGGAUGAAGAUCCUCCUUCUCAUCUUCACCUUCUGCCUGAUCUCAGAUGGAGGAGCCUCUAAUGAAGUAACAGGAUAUUUAGGAGGAAGAGUCCUUAUCAAGUGCAAGUAUAAUACAGAAUCUACACAAAACCUAAAAUAUUUCUGUAAGGAUUCAUCACCAGGCUGUUCUGAUCUCAUAAAGACAGGAGAUAAAAACGUGUGGGUAACUUCAGGAAGAUUCUCACUGUUUGAUGACACCAAAUCAGCAGAGUUCAGGGUGAUGAUCAGAGAGAUCGAUGUAGAGGACACUGGGAAAUACCACUGUGGAAUAUGGAAAGGUUAUGGGGGAGACAUUUCCACACCAGUGAUACUGAAGGUGCAGGAAGGAAGCUCUGGCUCUAGAGAAGUGAGUGCAUAUACAGGAGGAAGAAUCAAUGUCAAGUGCAGAUAUGAGGAUAAAUAUAAAGACAAACCAAAAUCUAUCUGUAAGAUCGGAACACAACAGUGGUGUUUUCCUCUAACAACAACAAAACUGAACAGUGAAUGGACACAUAAUGGCAGAUUCUCAAUUAAUGACAACAGAAGUGCAGAAUUCUUCAAAUUAUUUAUCAGUGAACUGAUUAUGGAGGACACUGGAACAUAUGUGUUCACUGUUGCUGUGUCUGAUGGAAUUGAGACCUCCACUGUAAUAAAUCUGACUGUAACAGAAGACUUUAAAAUCAUAUAA